CCUUCAAGUUCAAGUUGCACGCAUACAGCCAUGUCCCAACAAGACGAAGACCUGCUCGACAUCGACUGGCUCAAAUUGCGAGACACCAUUCUCGCUUCUUGUGCUGUGACAGAGAUCAACAACUGGUCAAUCAACCACCCAUACAUUGCAGCUGGAGCUCUACUAUGCAUCUCUGGAAAUCCUGAGCUCCUUCUGACGCCAUUGCGACUCACGGGAAAAACAGCGCGUUAUAUAUGUCUCCUCCCGUUCCGGUUGUUCUUCUGGCCCUUCAAGAUGUUGGGCAGGCUCAUCUUGUAUAUUUUCGGUUUCAGGAGAGGAGGCGUAGCGAAAGAUUCAUUCGCAUCUCGAUACCAGUCCCGUCGUUAUGGUGGUUAUGUGCCACGGGACUCUGGCUUUGCGAAGUUCCAGUCGCAUGGGGCUACUGAAUAUGACGAGGAUGAAGGAGGAUCGACGCUCGCGGUUGCUGUGUCCUGGUUGUCGGGUGCUGGAGCUGUGUUUGUCCUUGGGCAGGGCAUGGGGGUGGUGGUAUUGAUGCGGUGGGCGGUAGCGCCUGCGCAACAUGGGAGGGAAGUUGACACAUCCUAGGUAGUGACAUGUUCAUCUACCUGGUAGAACCGUGUACGCGUGUUCCCUCUCGCUUGCGUGACGCUCGUAGUAAGUACUGCAGCUGGGUACUGCAGAAGUGUUGCGAAUGGGUUUGUAACGGGGUCUGUCUGAGUCUGCCCUAGCCUUCAGUCUGUCAAAUUUAUAGAAGGAAGAUAAUAGCGAACGCAGACUUCAUCGUCACUAUCUUCCUCCUAUAUGUUCUGUUUAUCUAGCUGUAAAGCGCGGAGCUCAGAAGUACUUACGCGGAGUCUGUCGCGGUCUUCACGCGGGCUGACACCAC